AUGGAGGUGCAGCCGGGUCUGGAUCCAGAAUGGUAUCUGUAUGAAGAGGAAGAGGAAGAGGAAGAGGAAGGGGAUUACGAGGGCGAGUUUGCACCUGCUGAGGAGGACGAGGAAUACUACGAUGGCGAACUUGUAGAAGAGGAAGGCUAUGACGACGAAUCUCAGGAGGUUGGAGAAGAGUCGACUACCAGCGACGUCAGAGAAGGAUCAGUCGAAGAACUGACGACGGAGUUGGGUGUGGAUUUGACCAAGCACAACAGUGUGCCACGGCAAGAGCCUGGUACGUCUCUGAGCACGGAAGAGUUGAAAUUGCGGUGUAAACAACGAACGGGUACCUUGUUUUUCAUGGCCCUGAGGAUCAUCCGAGGCGGAAUCGUUCACGAAGCUCGUCACGACCUGGAGUCGUUCUACUGGCUUCUCCUUUGGAUCGUCCUGCGGCAUACCAGGCACAAUCACCCUAAAGGUGCCAGGGCGUGUGAAGCAGUCUUUGACGGGGAUGAUGACGACACCUGCAUCAGUAAGAAGAACUCAUGGCUCAAUUCGCUCGACCCACACAUCGGUCCGCGGCUUGUUGUCAUCGGUAACAUGCCGCUGACCACCCUUCUCGAGGACUUCCGCGUGCUGUGCCUUCGCACUAUGAGCCCUUUCAUCGAGACGGAGCCGCUGACGUACGAGAAGGUUCUGGAUAUCUUCAACGACGCGCUCAAGAAGGAAUGGCCAUCGGACGAUAGGGCGAGACCGUUCGUCCUACCCAACGACGACGAUAAAGUUCCGCGUCCCGAGGGCUCGGAGCGUCUGAAGAGCGAUGUCAAUAGCAGCAGGAUUCAGUCAUCGGGUCAGCGGAGUGGGCAAUCGGUGCCUCCUCCUCAAGCCGGGCCUAGUGGCCAAUCUCACCAGGCAGGUUCACGGACGCGACAACAAGCGGCGGCGCAAGCAGGCGGAAGUGGAGCGCGCGCAGCGAGCGGCAGUCGCGCUGGCAAGCGAUCUUUCGAACGUCGCGACACGUCCGAAGUCGAGCCCGAUCGAUCGAAGCGGACGAGGACAGCCAGCGACCACGUCCAAGGCCGUUCUGCUCCGGCCAGAAGGAGACGUUCCACGCGGCGAUGAAGGGACACUGGUUGUCUCGGCGACGAUGCAUGACCCUUCAUGCGUACGUUUGAUUGCGCUGGUCCACGGGCCGUUUUUCACGAUUGCUCAGUAUCCGUCACUCAAAUAUCCGCUCGCGGUAGAUGUGGAGGUAGACGUUGUGCUUUGCUAUUGCAUGGACUGGUAAACUAGGAUGGAUCGUUUGCUAUCACUGUAUCAUUGACUGCGAUUGUGUGAUACAUCUCGAUCUCUCGCUGAGUCUGAAGACGUUAGGUAGCUGAGGAUUACCGUAGCACUCGUGAUGUACUAGUAACUACAGUCCAAAUCGCGAGGUCACUGGCGGUG